GGAGGAAUUUCCUUCUUAAAGGGAACGCAGGAUGGCAUCAGGAGGACACCCAGCGGGUCCCCAAGGGGAGGGUCAGACUACUAAUACCUACAGUAGAUGAACUUCAUUUUUUACCUCCAUAUUCCAUCCAGGAACCAAGAAAUCAGCUUUCUGAUUGAGGUGAUGCCUCCCUCUCCCAGAAUUUAAAAAGAGAGGGAGCAAAAGGUGGAAACACAGUUGUAGGAGUCGGGUCCAAGAAACUCGUCAUCAGGAGAAAAUUAGCAAAGUGUGGCAGGGCAAGAUGGUGCAGAGGUCCCCCUCCCCCAUCUUGUAUUCUUGCUGACGUCAUUUCAAGUUUAACAGGAAUGUGAUUUCCCUGGUGUAAAUCCCUAUGAAAAAUCACCCAGUUCUACUCCAGGCACCAAACAUCAAGAUGCCCCGGCUAACUUAGUGUCUAUUAAACUGCCUGCAUAAUCAGAACUUGCCAGACCAGCUGCCAAGUGAGAAGACAGCAGGGUGUGUGUGGUGUUUGCCUUUAAAAAACCUCUUACCCUAAACACUCAGUGCUACUCUUGGGUCCCAAAUACCUGAAUGUAGUCCCAGACAGCUGGAAUAAAGACUUUCAAUUGACUGUCAACUGCGUCUGAGUGGUCAUCUCUGGUGGGGUCCCCAUAACAGAAGACGGUGUUGUGCUCAACACAAACCAUGGCAAAUAAAUCCACAUUUGAGACAAGAGACAAGAAGAACAGAAACAAAGUACCAAGUGGAACACAUUGUUUAUCAUUCAGAUGGUGUCUCCCUGACAUUUCAAGCCACAAAGCUCAGUCUGUCUAGUCUAUGUAUACCUCUAUUCACAAAAGAAUGCUUCACACACGCUAGAAUGGAUGCAAUACUCAGUAAAUUGAAGAUACGUUUUAUAGUUGUCAUUUUAAAAGGACAAGCAGAUAAAACAUACACAAGAAACAGGAGGGAACAAAAGCAGUGUCCAAAGAGCCCUCACUUUGUGUCUUCUAAAUAGAAAUAGCCUAAAGUUCUAAUCGUGGACAAAUAUGUUCAAAAGUUGGUGUUCGGUCCCAGGCGCUUCGGGAGCCGCCGGUUACCGUUCCGACAUGGCCAAGUCCAAGAACCACACCACAGACAACCAAUCUCGAAAAUGGCACAGAAAUGGUAUCAAGAAACCCCGGUCACAAAGAUACGAAUCUCUUACGGGGGUGGACCCCAAGUUCCUGAGGAACAUGCGCUUUGCCAAGAAGCACAACAGGAAAGGCCUGAAGAAGAUGCAGGCCAACAACGCAAAGGCAGUGAGUGCGCUUGCAGAGGCCAUCAAGGCCCUUGUGAAGCCCAAGGCGGUUAAGCCCAAGAUGCCAAAGGGCCCCAGCCGCAAGCUCAGCCAUCUCGCUUUCAUCGCUCACCCCAAGCUCGGGAAGCGGAUUAGAAGCUACAUGGCCAAGGGUCGUAGGCUCUGCCAGCCAAAGCCCAAGGCUCAAACCAAGGCAGAGGCCUCAGCUCCUGCUCAGGCUCCCAAAGGUGCCCAGGCCCCUGUGAAGGCCCCACAGAAAGGUUUCUGUCUGCCAGACAGAUGGACUGGUGUGACACACCUACACACUAUUUGCAGAUGAUCAGGACCCCAUGCUGUUUUUACAA